GGCCGGAGAGAAGAGCGAGAGGCUGAAUGGUGAGGCGGUGUAAGAUCGGCGGCUGCUGGCGUGAACAUGGCGGAGACGGUGCGCUCGCUUUUCGAAUACCGAGAGCCUCACAGCGACGGAGAAGGCGUCAAACCGACUCUGUUAACACGGGGGCGUGGAUGUGGACGGAAAAGGAAAGGCACACCUGUGAAAGUGUUUGUCACUCACACUGAGGAGGAGAUUGUGUCCGAACACGGCUGCAGCAUAGGUAACCGUAAGGAUGCUGGAGAGACUAAACAGCCCUCACUGGAAGGGCCCUUCUACAGCCACGAUCCUGCCCCUCACAACUGCAGUCCGUCAGAGCAGACUCAAGAAAAAAUGUCUGCUGGAUCCAAGGCCAGCUGUUGCUCUGCCUCCACACCAACUCCAGCGGCCUCCUCGGCCCCGGCCCUGACGCCCGUGCCUGCUCCUGCCCCGACCACCACAGCCUCGGCUCAGUCUCUUUCUCUGACCCCUGCGUCCACUGCUCCGGCUGCCCCCAAAGCCUCUGCUCCAGCUCCAACUGCCAGCUCCUUCCCUCCCUCACCCAACUGUCGGAUCCGCGAGGUCCACUGUGGCAGCCAGGUCCGAUUGGUUGUAAUCGCCAUCCGAGAUAUCACAAAGGGGGAGGAAAUCACCGUGGACUACAGCCUGACAGAGUGGGGGGAGAAUUUGGGUUUCCGGGCCACUGUGUCUCCAGCCCAGCAAGAGUGUUGCUCUGACCCUGAGAAUAACAGCAUCAUCAAAAAGGAGGAGGAGCCUCUGUCCCUGACAGGUCAGCAGCAGCGGCUCCAACAGUAUCAGCAGCAGGAGUACGUCACCCCUUCUUGGUCCCUCUCCCCCUCCUCCUCUCCCAUCUCGCGCUCCGACGCCAGCGACUCAGACGCUGGAGACGAGGACUGUAGCCCGCGUGGGCGUGCUCUCCGCCAAAAGAAGAAGCGCCGUAGCGCCCCCACGAGGAAAAAGACCCCGCACCGGACGCCUCCCGGGCGCCCCCCGUUGCCGUCCCCCUCCACCUCUCCUGCUCUCAGCCGUCCACUUGCUUCCUCCCAUCCUCCAGCGGAGUCCUCUCCCUGCUCAUCGUCCUCCUCUAAGCCUGCCUUUAAGCACCCAUCUCCUCUGGGCUCUGGCGGCACAGGAAAUGUCCCAAAUGCUCCGAAGGGGGGAGUUUCCAUCGACUCCGUACGGCAGACCUGUGAAUACUGCGGGCGACACUUUCGCUCCCUCGGGCGCCACCUAGAUAAGCACCACGCCCACCAGCCGGAUGUGUGCUCCGCCCUGGUCGAGCGCUACACACAGUUGCCCCGCAUGCCCAACACACUCUCCAGUACAGUGUUGGCCCACGCUGACCAACACGCAAAGUUCUCCCACGCAAGAGGGCAGAGAAGCGGCAGCGACCCCCUGCACAGUGGCGCCCAAGACCUGACGGUGUCUCCGCCCACUCUCACCUCAGCCAGCCAGUCUCCUGCCCCCUCUGGACGGAGCUCCGCCCAUCCUGUGCUGACUCCUCCCCGAGGACAGAACGCAGUGCCGGUGUCUGUCUUAAAGAGGAGCCCACCCCCUCUGGCUGUGACCCAGUCCAGGAAGGGAUCAGUGAGGGGAAUGAAGAAAGACCCACUGGUGGAGGAAGUCAAGGAAGAAGAAAAUGAUGAAGAUGUGGAGGUCGUAGCAGUAAAAAGGCCUAAAAAUGAAGAGCUAGUGCACCCUCAGUCUUUGCCCAGCCAAUCAGCCAAAGAGAUGGAGCCACUGAAAGAGGAGGAUGUGGACGAAGAAGAGGUGGAUGAGGAGGAGGAGAACGGAGUGAUGGAGGUAGAAGAUGAAAGUGGGACAGAGGAAAAGGAAAAGGAGCUGCUCAGCGGUUCUGGACGACACCACAUGCUGCCUCUCCUCUCGUCCUUGUCCUCUUUGGUUCUGUACCUCCGCCGGCUCCAGCACUCGGCCUUUUUGUCCCUGUCCCGACAGCUGCAGUCUGCAGAAGCCUGGCGCCUCCUCUGCCACUCCAGCCUGGCGCUUCUCAUCCUGUAUAACCGGCGGCGCGAGUGUGAGGUCUCCAAGCUGUCCAUAUCCGAGUAUCGUGCUCGGGUGACUCCCCAGUGCCCUGUCCCCGUCCCUCCCGGGGCUCCUCCUGCUCUCACGCCAUUGGAGGCUUCUCUCUCCCCAUUUGAGCGGCUAGUGCUUCCUCACCUCCCUAGAGUGGGAGUCCAGGGUAAGCGUGGGCGCAUCCAGCCCCUUAUCCUGCCCCCUCACUGCGAGCCCUGCCUGGAGCUCCUCCUGCAGACGCGGCAGGACGUCGGCGUGGACCCUGCAAACCCCUACGUUUUUGCCCGGCCCUACCACUCACCUGCCACGCCGCUGCGUGGCACCGACCUACUUCGCAGCCUAGCCCGCUCCAGUGGGACCCGCAACCCCCGUGCCCUGACCCAGACCAGAGUCCGCCGCCAGGUAGCCAUCCUGACCCAGCUGCUGCUUCUGGGGGAGGGAGAGGAGCCCGGGCAGCCAGGGAGCAGCGCUGUGGAGCGGCUCGAGCACUUCCUGGAGAGGGAGUACCAUGUGACACAGAAUUGCGCCGGGAUCGGCCAAGACCCAGGCCUUAUGGGCAGAGUGGGCCGAGUGGUGCUCUGUGGAGAGAGAGACGGCGUGCUGUUCAGGGGAAUGAGUCUGAACCACAUCUGUCUGGAGCUGGAUGUUAUGUCGGGUAACUCCGCAGACUCGUACUCGGAGGGAGAGUCUGAAGGGGAGCACGUGAAGGAGAAGCCCGAGACGGCCGCCACAGAUAAUGUCCCGAUCCCCCCACCUACCCUGCUGUAUGUCAGGAAGGGCAAGAACAACGGGCGGGUGGGACGACCCAAGAAGCUCAAAAACAUCCAGCCUCCGCCUCUUUCUCCAGCCCCCUCUCUACUACCACCACCCCCACCUGCGAAAAGCAGGAGAGGCUCAGGAAAGCGCGGCGUCCUGAAGCGUCCCUGGUCGGAGGCAGAGCGCGCGGCGGUGGAAGAGCACCUGACCCAGAACAUCAAUGAGCUUCGGGUCCCCGCGAAGGCCGACUGCGAGCGCUGCCUGCAGCAGUGCCCCCUGCUGGUCAGCAACCAUCGCGACUGGCGCGCCAUCAAGUUCUACUGCCACAAUCGCAUCCAGCUGCUGAAGAAAAAUCAGCGGCGGGAAAGCGAGCUCCAGCUGCCCCUCAGCGUCUGCUGAGAGACACAGAGAAGGGACAGAGAGAAAGGUGCUUCACAUCUAUUCCAGAGCAGAAUCUUAACCUGCCGUCACAAUGCUCCCGUUUCACGAGUUCCAAAUCAGUCCGUAAAUGACACGCCGCUGGUUUCUCUGGUCUUGGACGCACACUUGUCAUUUCGCUUGGAGCUCUUUAAGAGCAGGCAUCUCCGCCGAGCUGUUUGCCGUUCCAUGACCAGCGGGCGCGGUGGCCCUGGUUUUUGAGGGUGUCUGUUCAGAUCUGGGUGAAAACACUGCAUUUGGACGGGCGUCUUCAGAAACCGCUUCACCGCCCUGUGUUCUUGUACAUGAAGUUUUUUUUUCUUCUUCAUUCGUAACAAAUACACUAUACUGAAAUAUAAGCAAGGAGUGCAGCUGAUCCCUACAGUGUUGUUAGGAGCGUUGUUAAGUAGCAUUCGUCUUUUACGCUCUAGGAGACGUUGAUAGGACAAAUGGCCCUCGCUGAGGCCACACUUUCCUUCAUAGCAGCUUUAUGAUUAGAAUAGGCCUAAUUACAGCUAACAAGACAUUUCCUCAGAUAAGCUAGUUUUUCUGUUCACACAACUGUGCAAUUCUGACUAUGGUUUCACAACAUUUGGACCUUAAUCUACAUGAAAUGUUGUCAAGUUGACAAAUGAGUUGACACUCUAGAGGUUUCUAUGUUUUGUUUUUUCUUGUGCAAUGACACUUCGAGAUAGUAAAGAUAGCUUUUCAGAGUGUGUAAUUCAUGAUGGACACGAUGAAAUGGCCUCCGAAUGUUUAGAAGUUACCUAAGAUGUUGUGUUAUGUCGCAAGAUCCAGAAACAGAAGAGCUACUGUGAAUUCUGUUGUCUCUAAUCUGCUUUCCAUGUUAGUGUCCGUAGUUCCAAUCUGGCCCUGAGCAACAAUCUGGUCCUCUUUCUUUCUUUCUGUCUUUCUUUCUGUCUUUCUGUCUUUCUGUCUUUCAUGCGUGUUACCUGCUUGUUGCACAAAGCGGUAAGAAGGUGCUACAGGCCAAUAAGCUGGAUAUCACUUUAUGCCCGGAGCGGAGAUGUAAUUUGAUUGUGUUAAAGGUUGCUUUAAGAAGCGGGCAUUUAUCAGAGCAGAGAUUUUCCUUGAGUCGUCUGUGUUGUCUUUCCAGGUGGAUAGAGCUCUCCUUGUCCUUCCCAUCCCUACACACACACCACAUGCAGCUCAGUCAGAUUUGUAGUGUCACCUCGGUGUCGCUCAAAAUCUGCGUUUAUCGGACUAAAACCUCCACAUAACCUCAAAGCAGAUACUUGAACUUAUUUGAUCCUUUUGCAGAAUCUUUAAUGUUAUCUUUCUCGCUCUAGCCUGGCCAGUUUUACUGUACAUAGCAAAGAUAUUAUCAUAAUGCUAACUGGUUGUUUGUGCUAGAUACGUAGCUUUCUCCAUUUCUGAGUUAUUGCCAUUUGUACAUAUGCCUGUUUUGUAAAUACUCCUCAGAGAUUCAAAGAAGGAACACAAUGUAUGACAUGCCUUGGUUAUUGUGUUAUCUUUUUUCUUUUUUAUAAUCUUAUAAAAACCUAAAGCUCUGA